ACAUUUAAUUUUCUUUUCUUAUGGAGGAAGAAUAUAAUAUUUGAGGAAAAAUUAUGAAAAGAGGGGUGGGCCCUCGGCCCUGAGGCGAAGCGAAGUAGUAUGAUAAAAACCCCUAAACCCUCAUUCACAAAAUCCCCAAUUUAGAGACUCGAAAUUUGAAGCGAAUAUGGAGGGACUGCAGAAGGCAUACAGCAGUGUGGUCUCGCAGGCGCAAGAAUCAGCUGCGAAAUUCAGCUCCUACGCCUCUUCUUUGGAGAAAGCUAAACCUCUAAACUCUUCUCUUUCUUCUUCUGGAACUGGAUCGUCCGUGGCGUUAUCUGUUGACCACUCUGGCAUGUCGGUCACCCGCUCCUCAAGACAAUUUCUAUCGUUAUGGACUUGCUCAAAGCUUUGUGCUGGUUGCUUUGUUGCUGGAGUUGUUAUUGGUUACACUCUGAAGCGACGUGUCAAGCGUUGGGCCUCAAGAAUUCUCAGGAGAUUGAAAGAUGAUUGAACUCGUUCAGGAGUGGGGAUAACUGAAUCCAACAGGCGGACUUUCCGAAUUCUUUUGCCAGAUAAAUAGACUGCUAGAAAAUUGUUGCGUGUUCAUACUAUUCACCCUUUUCUAAAAAAAUACUGACUGGUAUUCUACUUGUCAAUAAUAUUGUUGUUUUGAACUUGAA